AUGACAGUCUAUGUUGUGUUUGUGAGGCAUGCCGAGUCUGCUAACAAUAAACGAGGCACUAAUGAUACGCGAGGGAACGAGGAUAAUUUGGGGUCUGCUAAUCAGCGAACACGAGCGCGCUCCGCUCAGGGAAGGGAGGCAGAUCCCGCUCUCACUGAGCGAGGCUUGAGACAGGCUGAGGCUACUGCACGCUAUUUAGAUGGUUUGGCAGAGAAGGGUGUUUGGACUGUGAGGAAGCUCAUCGUGUCACCGAUGUUGCGAACCCUCCAUACUGCCCGGCCAAUGAUGAAGACCCGACUGGGCGAAGGAGAGGUGGCGAUAGACAGUCGGUUUCACGAGGAAGGCGGCCUGUUCCAGGGGCCCCGAUCUUGCCGAGGGAAGGAUGAGGAAUUCGUAUUCGGACUGAAUCGCCGAGAAGCAUUCGAGGAGCUCGACUCCAACCGGGGCUUUGAAGAUGUGCAAUGGAUUGGCCCCGAAGAGAGCGAAAUAAAUGGCUGGUGGACCGGCGGUUUUGAGGAGCAAGCUGCUACUCGAGCCAGAGCUAAGUGUGUUGCGGAAGCCCUUUGGGAUGCUGUGGGGAAGAUUGAAGAGGACCGUGCAGGGGAGGAUAACUCUGCCAUAGUAGUGGUAUCGCAUGGCUUGUUUCUGGAUGCGGUGUAUUGCGAGCUUCUUGGUAUGUCAAACGUCGGAGAGAGAAGCAGUUUUUUCAUGACGGCCAAUUGCUCUGUAUCGGUGAUGAUGUUCUCUGAAUCACAUAGAAAACGUAGAUGUGGAUUUGUGUGCCAUGGUUCCAUCGCUCAUCUGCCGGCUGAGCUGCGUACGGGCCAUUCUAUUGGUGGUCUAAAGCUCGACCAGAAAUGGGUGGCACUGUCCUGAAAGUCUACGUCACGAUGAGCUUCCUCGUAUGUAUUUGCUAUUGUUUGUACUGUCCCGGUAAUUCCUU